UCCUAACUUCCCACCUGGUUGGAGUAGGAGGAUGACGUGAGACAGAGAGAGGCGAAGAGAGAGUCAGAGCAUUGUGUGGAGACAUUGACAGCAUCUGUUUAUUGAGACACUGGCAGUAGAUAUAUGUCAGACAUCAUCUGACAAUAAACAGGAUUUAUUUUUAAAGGACCACUGUCAUGAUCUUCAAAUAAGGAAGCUGCCUGCAGACCUGCUGGGGAAUUUACAGUUCAUUUUUUGCGAUUAACCCAUAGGAUAAGAGAGACUGAGUGGAGACAAAAAUGGACAAGAGGAGGAAAGGAGAGAUGUGGAAGAAGAGGAAGGUUUCUCAUAUCUGCUUGCUGCUGCUGGGUCUGCUCCAAAGCACCACACACACCUCAGCUGUAAACACUACCAGUGCCAUCACCACCACCAUUUCACCACCAAGCCCUGCAGCUCUCAUUUACCGCACGCGCCCAGCUGACGUCACAGUGGCUGUGGGAAAACCUGCAGUGUUUCGCUGUGGAGUGCCCAAAGCUUCUCCAAACCUCACAUUCACCUUCUAUGGGAGUCACGGCAACUACAGCCUCACCUGCCCUUAUGGCCACAUGGAAGAUAUCCCCCAGGUUCUCUAUGGAAGUUGUGAUAUGAAGAAAGAAGAGUCGUUGGCUGUGUGGACCCUCAAGGGAACUACUUUCUCUGACAACAGCACAAGAGUCGUAUGUCAGCAGUCAAAGAAUCCUGAUGCACCUGCUGCUGUCCUACAUGUUUAUGAUAACAGCAUCAGCUAUGCCACUCUCAUUGGCUGUACUAUCGGGGGCUUCUUCGGCAUCCUGUUGGUGUUUGGUUUAUUGUAUACCAUGCUGAAGAGAUCUGAGACCCUCCAGAAGUGCUUCAGGGGAAAUGAAACAGAAGAUGAUAUGACUACAAUAGUAACAAAGGGCUGAAAGGAGACAGAAAGCCAAGGAAGACGCUGAUGCUUGAUACUUGAUGUUGCUUUGUUAAACAUAUCCAGAGUUGGGCUCCAUUCACCUUCUAACCAACAGAGAAUAGAAACAGAAAUUAACUUUUCUUGUUUUCAAAUCCUUUGAGCAAUCUAAGAAAAGUGAAUGCUGGAUUUAGUUUGAAAUGUUUGAGGCUGCAUCCAGUCUGACCCCUGAUAUCUUCACUUCCUUGUUCUGCCCGUAGUAAUUGGUCCUUGCAUGCAUUUUUCACAGCCUAACAGUGUAUAAUAUAGUAUCGAGCACUUCAAACAAUACACAAAAAAAUUAAGCCAGAUUGCUUUCUCCACUUGUGCAGGGUCAUGCAUCAGUGUGCACGGUCUUUACCGUAUAUACCUUAUAAAUCAUGUGUAAAAUGUGUUGUUGGGUUCUGUAAUGUGGCUAAAACAAUUUAGUGUGCGUGUAGAAAGCAGAAGUCAGACUGUAUGUAGCUUUUAAAAGCAAUGAUUUGAAGAACAGUCUGUCUAAAAUAUUAGUUUAAAUGAAUUAUUUACUAAAUGUUCAAUAGUUUUAACAAUGUAAGUGUUAAGUGCAGACAGUAGCAGUAAGUGGUCACAGAGAUGUUGUGAAAGUGCUGAGUAAGUAAAAAUAUCGCCUGCAGACAGACGCUGCUUAAAUGAGGAAUAGAAGAGUAGCUGUUCUUUGUGCUAGCACGUGUUUUACAGCUGUAUACCAACAAACUAUUGAAGGUAAGAUGCUCACUGAUGAGGGUCCCAGUUCUGCUUCUGGUUAAGUCCGCUACACUUUCACCGUUUGUCCACUUGAGGGAAGCACUUACUCCACAGAUAACGAGCCAGUUAGUUGCUGUAACACUACAGAGAGAAAUAUUCACUUUAAAAUAACUGAUUGUAAAAACCAAACACUCAAACAACAAUUUCUGUUUCCACCAGAACGUGUUGCACUUUUUUUGGUCAAAUUAUUCAAUGAAGAAAUUCCUUUAUUUGGGAUUUAGUCAGUGAAGUAAGUUAGAUGUGAUAAUGUUGUCAUGCCAAGGGCUUUUAUAUAUUUAGAUUCUCAAGUAAUUGGGCCUGAUGUUGUCCGUUUGUGGUUACACAGGCAUUGUCUUUGCAUAAAGACAAAGCAGCUUAUAGUGUUACAGUUACCAGAGGUAAACUCAGCAGUGUGUUGGUUUUUAUGCUGUUACUGAUGUUUGUUGUUUGUUGCACUCUCUUCUGUCUUUUAAUUUCUUUAGAUGUCUUUAUGAUUACAUUACUGUAAUAUGUGCUUGUUUAUUGUUUGCUCUCAUUUUCUUGUUGCCUAUUACAAAUCAGAGCUUGCUGUCUAUGUGUGGAACAUGACCAAAUUAAAGUUACGUGAUGUCAAAACAAAAA